AUGGGUGCUCAAGCAACUGAUGGUGUUUAUGGCCAACGAGUCAAACAGGCAAUGGUUAGCGAUGUGGUCGCUGUGAGUCCCACCGACACAUUGAGUGAAGCCCUCACUCUGAUGGUCGAGAAUAAAGUCUCGGCAUUGCCGGUUACCGACAGCCGCGAUCGCUGCCUAGGCGUAAUUUCUGCCUCCGACCUUCUCGGGCUGACUAAAGACUUGGGUGACGAACUUAACGAGCUGUCGCAUACAGGUGGGCUCGCCAAAGAUUUGCUGGUCGAGCAUCUUUCGGAAAGCGAUCUCCUCACCGAGCCGGUGCAAGACUUGAUGACCGAGCAGGUCGUCAACAUUGGUCCUGAGGACACCCUGGCCAAGGCGGCUUCGUUGAUGGUUCGCAACCGUAUUCACCGCCUGGCGGUCGUCGACGGCUCAAACCAUGUGCUUGGAGUGCUUUCCACCAUGGAUAUCCUUCGUGCGUUCUCUGAAGAAGUGUUCGAGCAGAUGGUCUCGAUUCGCCGCGACCUCCAUCAGCACCCUGAGCUGAGUCGGCGCGAAUCGCGGACACUCGAUCAAAUCUGCAAACACCUGGAUCGGCUGGGGAUUCAGUACCGCAAAGGUGUCGCUGGCAACGGUGUAGUGGCCGAGAUCCCCGGCCGGAACCCGCAGCUGCCCAAGAUCGCUCUCAGGGCUGACAUCGAUGCGUUGCCCAUUCAAGAGGAGACCGGACUGCCGUUCACUUCAUCUUCCGACGGGGUGAUGCAUGCCUGCGGGCACGACGGGCACACCAGUAUGCUGCUUGGGGCGGCCGAGUGCAUUGUGGCCGAGGCGAACUUGCCUGCGUCGGUGAGGCUCCUCUUUCAGCCUGCCGAAGAGACGGGUGAUGGUGCGACCGCGAUGAUCGCCGAAGGAGCCCUGGAAGAUGUUGGGUUGAUCUUCGGCGGCCAUUUAGAUCGCCACUACCCCACUGGCGAUAUCGUUAUCACCGACGGCGCGGUCAAUGCUUCCAGCGAUCGCUUCCAGAUCGACAUCGCAGGCCAAGGCGGCCACGGGGCACGUCCGCACGAAACGAUUGACGCCGUUGUCGUCGGCAGCCUUCUCGUGAUGGCAAUCCAGACGAUCGUUUCGCGGGAGAUCAAUCCGGCCCAUCCUUCGGUCAUUUCAGUGGGCCGAUUCAACGCUGGUACGGCCUCCAAUGUCAUUGCGGGUGCGGCUCAACUAACGGGGACAAUCAGGUCGCAAGACCAGGAGGUUCGCGUUCACCUACAGCAAUCACUGCAACGCAUCGCCGCUUCAGUGGGACAACUGCACGGUGCACGUAUGGAAGUAACCAUUGACGAGGGGACUCCCCCGGUGAUUAAUCCGCCGGAGAUCGCGGACUUGGCCAGAUUGGCAGCCCGCCGCGUCGUUGCAGAGGAACACGUCAUUCCAAUGCCUACGGCCAACAUGGGCGGCGAGGAUUUCGGCCGUUACUUGGAACAUGUUCCCGGCUGCUAUGUCCGCAUUGGGGCUCGGUUUGAAGAUCGAGACAAUUACCCGGCACAUUCAAGCAAGUUCGACUUCAACGAGCAGGCCUUGGGGAUUGGGGCCGCGUAUUAUCAUUCGCUCGCGCUCUCGGCCGGCCGGCACUUGGCCGAGAAGCAUAGUCUUUAG